CGGCCUUGGGUUUGGGCUGCGCAGCUGGCGCCAGGUCUUCCGUCUCUGCCCCCGGUGGCAGCACCUUGAUGGCAGCGGCGGCGGGACCAUCCAUGCAACGCACCGCCUGCACAGCACACGCAAUGCAGACGAAGGCAUGUAGAACUCAGCUGUCAUUGGCUUACUGGCCCGACAAAACGCACCUGGGGGAGACGCGGCCUGCACACACAGCACAGCAAAUAGGUGGAUGAGCCCAUCCUUCGUCAAAGCCAUGCCGUGUUGGCUCUUACCACUGCUUUUAGCUGCGGCACCUUGGGGUUCGGCCGGCAGCCGCCUGUUGAAGUCAAUCUGCCUCCGCGAAGAGCGGGGCGAUGUGGGCGGCGAGAGUUCGCGAUGUCCCAGUUCCAUUUCCAAGGGGCGGGACUCCUGCUCGCACAAUAAACAGGACAGGCAGAAUCCGAUGCACACUGACUGCUUGCCCAGCUGCCCGUCUCCCGCUCGCCAUUUUCGAGUCUCACGUGUCCUUUCCGCGAAGCGCGGGGCCCUGACCGUGGUCGUCUUGCAUCAUCUUUCGCAGCUGGGAGGCACUGGUGCAAACACCGUAGAUAUCGCAGCAGAAGAAGCAGACGUGGGCUGAGACUGCCGGGCUCUGCUCACACAGCAAACACAAAAUAGGCAGUAAGGUAGACACACGACUGGCUGCGUGGUUGUCUUCCUCUCGUCCUUUGCGAGUCUCACGUAGAUGGAGUAAGCCUCCUGCAUCAUGUGCACGUCGCGGGGUGGGAAAGAUGCAAGCAGAUAUAAAAUGUAGACACCGAUGCGGGCCACCUGGCUGAGCAAGGCCAAGCUUGGCUCGCCACGUGGCCUCUCCAUCAUCCUUGGUCUCGCCGUCUGACUCGUCGCUGUCGAUGAAGACGGAGAAUUGGUUGCCCGCCAGUUUCUUCUUGCCCUUGGUGGGUGAGGCCGCGUAGGGGGAGCGAAUUGGGGGCCACCCAGCCGUCAGCGUUCGCAGCACGCUCGCGCCGGGCCAUCUGCACACGCGCACCAGCAGGCCAGACACACAGACAAUUAGUCAGGCGUCCAUGUGGUCGUGUGUGUGUGUCCAUGCCUACCAGAUUGACACAGGCUCCGCUGCGGAUGGUAUCCUCCUUGAGGAAGGGCAGCGGUAUCAGCACAGGCAUGUGGAUCCGGAUCUCCCACUUGGUGAUAGCUUCAAAGGAGGGAAGGUGGCCCUUUAUGAAGGGAAUCUUGGGGCCCUUGAAGUCCGACGGCAGCUUUGCCCACCUGACGUAGUCCUCUGCCUGCGACUUGCCACUCUCCCACGUGCCGUGGCAGCUCUCUGAACGAAACAGGGAGGUGAAGUUGCGCGAUUCUCUGCACACACGCACACACAUGAAGAGGCAGAUGACAGCCGGUAAAGCAGACCGAACAGUGCUACCUUGGCACUUCCCGAAGGUAGGUGGUGAGCUCAUCCAUCGCGGCCUGCAUCCCCUGCCCACCGACGGAUGCACUGGCACGCACACAACCUGACAGCAUGGUGAGGGAGCAUGGCCACAGAGGCAAACAGACAUAUGAUGACGGCAUCAGAAGCUGACCUCAGCUAUCUCUGGCGUGAGGAGAGGGCCUCUUGUCACGGCAAUACGAUAGCAGAAAUUGUCACCAUUCCGCCCACUGCGGGCAGCAACAGCAAAACAAGGCCGUCAUGGCCUCCCACACGGUGGGCUUAUUCUUUGCCUGUGGCACACAUGAGACACAUCCAGUGGUGGGUCAAUAGUCGCAGCUUUGCUUUCCCUACCGCCGCGUCGGCUCUGGCCUCGGCCUUUCUGGCCUUUUACUUUGCUGCCGCCAAGGCUCGCCUACACAAACGUACACACAGCAAGGUACGGCACUCCUGUCUCUUCUCAAUCUGUCUGUCUGUCCCCCACUCACUUCUUCGCCCAAUAUUGGCCUUCAACGGCGUCCAGUGUGGCAUCCUUGCCGGCAAUGACGCCGUCCUUCUGGGCAAUGGUCGCCUUGAGGUCAGCAAUGGUGUCUUCCAGGGCCUGCAUGGCAACCGAGAGAAGCCAACGAAUGCAUGGCAUCUUGCCUUGGUUGCUGAGGUGUGGGUCAGUCACCUUGAUUUCGGCCUCCUUCCUCGCGAGAUAACUGGGGGGCUUCUCCACCCUCUCCCCGUUCCAGCCCUCCGCCUGCAUUGCAACGAGGCAGACAAACGACAAAAGGCACUUACUCAGUCUCCGUGAGCUGGAGGGAAGGUGGUCGUGUCUGAUUAUGUGUCUAAUUCGGGCCUUCCUUACCCCAAACUCCGUACAAAUGAGGUACUGCCUGCAGCAUACCAGCAGCGCAGCACACAGGAAGGAGGCCAGUCGCGAGUCUCCACCACUGUCUGUACGUGUGCAGACAGUCACUCCGAAGCCGCUCACCCGUCAAUGAAGUCCGGGGGCAGAACGUAGUGGCGGUCUUCAAGUGCCAUCUCGUCACACCACAAUGGACACGCAGCAGGGCAGGGGCGCUCAGUGUGUGUCCGCUGCGCAAACGAGGAUUCAUCAAGAGGACAGCAAAAAGUGUUUGUCCGUCUCCGUUCUCGACGGCACUUGGAAUUCUAGAAGGUCGCUUGUUCGCCCAGUAUUGGCCUUCUACGGCGUUAAUGUGGCGUCUUUCCGAGCGAUGACGCCGUUCUGGCGGGCAGUGGUGGCGUUGAGCUCCGCAAUGUGUCCUCGAGGGCCUGCAGGGGCAGCAGGGUAAUGAGGAAAGCCAAUAUCUUGCCACGACUGCUGGAAUAUCACUCAGUCACCUUCGUCUCGGCCUCCUUUCUUGCCAGGUACCUCAGUGGCUCC